AUGGGAGCACGAGCACCAGGAAUUCUUAACCCAGACCACGGGAAACUUGCAUGCGUUCCGCCAAUAUCUGGUAAUAAGCUGCCCGAGUCCCUUGCCAUGGAUGAGGAUCCAGCCCCUGCAGACGAAUGUGUGGGGUGUGCAUCGCCAAUGCUGGAAGGCGGCCGUGCCGGAGAUCCAGCCUUUGGGUUCGUUUACUUCCGGUAUCCGGCUAGGGGAUUAACGGAGGUGUGGUUCUCUGGUCAUCCCUACCGGGUGCGAGAGGAUGGUCUUCACGGAGUUGAAGGAGUGUUAGGCCAGCGCAGUGAAGUAUGUGUCCUUUGGAUUGAGGAUACACCGGCAUCGACGAACCCGUGA